GCUUUGUUUUCAGCGCUCUCAACCUCUUUCGGGAUGAGUUUUGGCGGAUGGAUAUAUGUUAGAGUGAGAUGUUCUUCGAUGUUUUCGUUCGUCUGUCUCUCCCGGUGUUUUGGACUCCUUUUUGGAGAAGAUCUGGCCACCGAAGACAACACAAAAUGGAGAUGUUGAUACUGUUGGUUACAGUCUUCUGUGCGCUCUGGGGUCCCUCCGCUACAUUAAAUGAGAACGACGUUUGUUAUGGCAAUGACCUUAAAUUUCCCAUGCACCUUCAACCAAAUAUUCAACAAGGGCUGUAUUUUACUCCAAGAAAUGGAGGCAAGAGGAAAACACUGAUGGAAAAUGGGAAGGCACAGGAGCCACGACUGAAAGUUGACAGGUAUAACACCAGGCUUACAAAUUUAACCAAAAAGGAUGAAGGAAUUUAUGCAGUGACAUAUGGCAGUUCAAUUAUUGAUGAGUUGCAAUUGAAAAUAAAAGAUUGUGCUGAAAAGAUCAUCAAGGAAUACAUGCAUGAAUGGUCUUAUCGGGUACCUACCGCGACUCACUAUGUGGAAUACACUUCACCUCACAAAGAAGAGGAGACAGUAAUCCUGUGGAAUUUAAACAACCCUCUGAGUAAGCCAACAAGAGGAGACCUCAAGGGCAACUUCUGGACAAUCUCUGGUGUCACUCAGGCAGACAACGGUUACUAUAACUUCAGAGGCAAAGAAGGCACUCUUCGUCGAAGGGUAUUUCUCACUGUGAAAGAGAACACUCGUUCCUAUGAUGCAGAAGUGAGCGAGAAUCUUAUUAUUAUGAACCCAUGGAGUGGAGGACCGUGGACCGUGACGUUUAAAAAAGAUUUAGAAACAAGUGGACAAGUAACAAUAAUAGAAAAUGGCGAUUUGGUCAACAAUGGCAACAGGUUCUCUGGGAGAAUUAGUAUUCAAAGUGAUGGCAUUAAAAUAAGACAUGUAGAAGCUAUGGAUUCUGGUAUUUUUGAGUUCAGAGACCCACAAGGCAACCUGGCGUUAUCUGCCCAUGUGAAUGUCGACGGCCAUGUCUCGCAUCACCUGGUCACAUAUGUUGUUGUUGCUGUUGUUGCUGUCGUUUUGGGGCUGUGUUGCUGUUUCUGUUGCAGAAGGAAAUGUUGCUGUAAGAAGAACAAAUCUGCAGCUACAGAAGGAUCUGCUGUUACUUUUCAUGACAAGUCUGAUUCAGCCGCCCCACCACCUGCAGUGUAUUAUCAUGGUACAAGUCGGCCAGCAGGACCAAGUUACCCGAUUCAAACAUCUUCAGGUUACACUCCUUAUCCAGCAAACCCUCCAGCCUACACACAAGCUGUUGUUUCCAUUGAACAACCGCCUUUGCAGCCUAACGCCGCUGUGUACCCCCCACAGCCUGCCAGUGCCUAUCCUCUACAACCAGCCAGUGUAAACCCACCACAGCCUGAACCUAGCCUAUACCCUCCCCUUUCUGAGUUUGGACCUCCAGCGUCUCAGGGAUCUGCAGCAGCUCCCACGUUCAGCUCAGACGCGUUCUCCCCUGAUGCCGAGCCGAGAUUUGAGCUAAAAGGAUUGGCUUUUCCCUCAGCUCCCCCUCUCAGUUCAGAUGCGCCGACCUGUGAUGUCUACAACUCGGAUAAGCUGAACUUUUUGUGAACACUCUUCCGAGCGCUGUGUUGACGGAGCUGUUUCAGCCUCUACUGGACUUUUCAUGCUUUAUUUCUCCAGAGGCCUUCUAAGAAUCCAGGGACCACGCUGCCUAUAAUAAAAAGACACAAAUCACACAUAAUCAGGUAUAAGCAGGCACGGACUGGGGCAAUAAUCCACACCAGGAAUUUUGUACAAUCGCAGCCCACCACCAAGACUCAGUUAAAUUUAAUCAAUACUGAGACAAACCACUAUUGGUCCAGACCAGCAGUGGAGUUUACGUUGAAGCAAAUAAAAAUGCUUCAUAUACAUUUUAGAAUAUACAUAUGACAUCUUUAAGCAGAAAAGACAGCAACUAUAAAACAAUGAGAACAUUUUCUCCAAAUUUAGUAGUUUAACCAUUUAACCUCUACAAUUUCAAGAUCGCAUGUUACAUCUGGAACAGAUGGUGCCACCAAGACUGCAUCAAGAACCCACCAGUUGAUCCAGAAUUUUCUCGUGCUGUGCAUUUAGUUUUUGCAUUUGAAAGCUAAAAGUUAACAGGGUGAAGGUGUUCUGAUCGAAGUGUGGUCAGGUUUUGGUAAAAAAAUUUGUGCUUUCUUCCUGUGUGUUGUUACGUGACAAAUGUAUGAGGUCACAUAAUCCGCUUAAGCGGGAUGGGGAAGGUAAAUAUCGGCACCCUCCGUUUCUCUCUCGUCAGAAAAAGAAUGUCGUGCAAUCGCACAGCACGGCAUUCACUCCGAUGUCACCCAUAGAUGGCGCCAGAUUCUGUUUACAUGUCGUUAUUUUUAGUAGAGAUCUCAUCAGGCAAGUCCAAAGAAUAAAAAAAUAAUAAUAAUCAACUUUAUAUCAUCUGUAAAAUGUUUCAAGUGCAAAUCCGAUUCACUGCGAACACAAUGACUCACUACAAUUAUUGUAGCCAGUAGACAAAUCAGUUUGUGUGCUGGAACAACGCAAUCAGAGAAAAUGUCAAACAUAGAGCUUUUUACAUUAGAUUAGAAAAGAUCUGCUAGCACUGGGUAUCAUCUGGACAAGAACAGGACUCUCAGAAAAAGGUUGUAAAUCGCUAAUAUAAUUGAUGCAUGAGCUAUGAAAUAGUUUAGGUAUACAAGCAUAUCUAUGUUUAUAUAUGCACUGACUAAUGUAAUGAGAUUGUAUUGAAUUUUUACUUUUAAAUUGUGUUCUCUCAGGUAAAAAACAUGUUUAAACUGCCAUAUUAACAGUUAUAUAAAUGCAUCUCAAAGAGUAUCUAAAAGAAAUCACUAUAUCAGAAAUGCCUUCAAAGGAGCAUAGAUGUAGAUUUUUACCCUUGUUACAGUUUUACUUUUUUUUUGCUGUAUACACCACUUUCUCUGAGACUUUUUGAUGUUAGGAUUAAUUGCUGCUCUUUUUUUUUUAUUUUUUUUUUUACCAUACUCAGUUUUUUUUGUACAACAUUGGUAUGUAAUUCGUGUCUGUAUAUUAUUGUUCUUUGAAACUUGUUGCUACAUCAAAAGGACUUAAUUUUCACUUUCAA